AUGCCCAAUCCCCUCGAUCUCAAUGAUAUCCCCAAUUUCAGUCCGAGUAGCAAUUCAAGUCCAUCUCUCAAGCUACAUCCCACACUCACUCCGUCAUCUACCAUCUCUUCUCUGAGUUUCCCUUCUCCUCUCGAUAUAGACAUCGACCAAGACGUCAGCGAGUCUUCAACCAGUAUGGAUCCCCUGGGAUCCUUGGUGGAGCUGAUGAAUGCUCUACCUCCCGAGAUCCUCCAACAAAUUUGGUCAAAUGUCAUCUCCCACCCUUCAGCCUCACUUAGAUUAUCGGUUCUGCGAACUUGCAAAUCCAACUAUCGAAAGAUCGUUCCCCAACUGUAUAAACACGUCGUCCUCACUUCUCAUAGUUGUCGAUCAUAUUUUUACGGUCUGGGACCAACAUUCCAUGGUCCGACCGCUGAGGAAAGCUCAAGGAUAUGGCCAGUGAGUGGUCCAGGUAUAAUGCCCCUCCGAUCAAUCGGUCUAUCCUACGAUCCAUCAAUAUCCACUUCACCAUUUAUACGUAGAUUCACUUUGUGCAACUUGGUCGAAUCCGUGGUGAUAUCCGAUAUAGAAAGUAUGAUGGUGUUAUUGGAAGCUGGAAGUGAAACCUGGAGAAAUGGAAUGGACACUUGGCGAUCACGUGUACUGUUCGAUCAAAUUGAUUCGAUCACUUUCCUAUCCCCAAUCUUUCGAGCGUUGGAUCAACGGCCUUUGGUAUAUAGAGGGUUGUUAAGGGAAGUUUGGAAUUGUAUAAAGAGCGAUUCGGUGAUUAUACAUUUCCCAGAUCAUCCUUCGCCAGUUUCUGGGAAUUACUACCAGGAGGAAAGAGAGGAUGCGGUGUCGAAGGAAGAUACAUACAGGAUUGCUUUGGAUAUAUUGGGUUCACCCAAAAGCUUAGGCCAGGAGAAUCGCCUAUUGGCGGAGCUGGUUAUAUAUACACCUCAGUUGGAUGGGAUCGAUUUGAGCAGAGUUGGUGCAAGUAGAGUCAAGGUGGUUUUGAUAGGUAGGAACAAUUGGAUAGCUUGUGGGACUAGUGAUAACGGUCGUGAGAAAGGAGACAUGAAUGGACAUAAGGAAUGUCUGUCACAGGAAGCUCAAUUAAGGAGAUUCGUAAGGAGACAUUGGUUAGUAGGGAUAGAUAAUGAUGAGUACAUUGGCAUACCCCAGGAAGUAGAGAACGUAUCAAUAUACAACGUCGCGAACUACAAUCGACGACGAUGUGUCACUGGUCGAAUAUCCAGUACGAAUAACAAUAACGAUCAUAUGCAGAAUAACGGAGUAGGAGUGAUAAUAGAAGAUGAGAGCUCAUCGACAAUCUCGUUACCUACGAUUUUGUAUAGCGCUUUGGAAGGGGAUGAACAGCUAGCGAGGGAAGUAGAUGGAACAGUAAAAUUCUUGGGUAUGGAGUAG